GCGUGAUUAAAUACCAUCUGAGUUUAACUUUUGAAUGCUUUCUUGUUCAGUCUGACCCUGAGGGAUUCCCACAUGCCCCUAUUCACCUUUGUAGCAACUGUGAUGAGGGUUAAUUGAUGCAUGUGGACAGGGAACUUCAUUUCACAUGAUGCAGAUUAGUGCGACCUCCUUCUCUAGUACUAGCUGCCAGGGAGAGUGGAGUCUGUGCGCCCUAGCCAUGGAGAGAGGUUCUGUUGCUCUAAAUGUAGGAAGAAGGCCCAUUGGAAAGAAGAGACUGCCCUGCAGGGCUCCACUCGGUUCAUUUGCCCUGUUUUUGAUUGUUUGUGGCACAGUCUAUCUGGUCAAUCAAGUGGCUACUUCUCUGGUGGUGACCGGCACACAGCGAAUCCGGAGGGAUGUAGAAAAUGAGACUCUCUGUAUAGCAUCACCGUCAUCAGAAUUUCCUGAAGAUUUUUUCACGGAGCAGGAAAGAAAGCAAGGAGGCCUUAUCAUUCAUUUCCUAAUCAUACUUUACAUGUUUCUAGCUGUGGCCAUUGUAUGUGAAAGCUAUUUUAUCCCCUCAUUAGAAGUCAUUAGCGAGCGCCUUGGUCUUUCCCAGGAUGUGGCAGGAGCAACAUUCAUGGCAAUUGGAAGUUCAGCUCCAGAAUUUGUCACAGUGUUUCUAGGGGUAUUUGUCACAAAGGGAGAUAUCGGUGUGAGCACUAUUGUUGGAUCAGCUGUCUAUAAUCUUCUUGGAAUAUGCGCUGCAUGUUGUUUGCUUUCAUUAUCGGUUUCAAGGCUCACUUGCUGGCCUUUAUUUCGAGAUUGUGUGGCUUAUGCAAUUAGUGUUGCAGCAGUAAUUGCAAUAACGUUUGACAACAGGAUAUACUGGUAUGAGUCGGCAUCACUGAUUUUGAUAUAUGGCAUAUAUAUUGUUACAAUGUGCUUUGACAUUCGGAUAAACCAGUACAUUAUGAGGAGGUUCAGCCCUUGCUGUACCUGUUGCCGUGAAGCAAUGGUAGGAAACACAGAGCAUGAGCCAUUGCUCGGCUGGAAAGAAGACAGUUUGCCAGUUAUUCGCCGCCACUCAAGGUCAGAUAGUGGGAUUUUUCAGGAAGAAUCUGAUUAUUCUCAACUCUCCAUAAGUCUGAGUGGGCUGAAGGAAUCCUCUAACAACCCCCCAAGUGUCUUCACAAUGCCAGAAAAUGACCUGAAAAGGAUUAUUUGGGUAUUGUCGUUGCCUAUUAUUACUUUGCUGUAUUUGACUGUGCCAGACUGCAGGAGGAAAAGGUGGAAAAACUUGUUCAUUCUCACCUUUCUCAUGUCAGCCGUUUGGAUUUCUGCAGUUACCUACAUUCUUGUGUGGAUGGUGACAGUUGUUGGUGAAACGUUAAGUAUACCAGACACAGUUAUGGGACUGACAUUACUCGCUGCUGGAACAAGCAUACCAGACACAGUUGCAAGUGUGCUUGUGGCAAGAGAAGGUAAAGGAGACAUGGCCAUGUCGAACAUUGUGGGAUCCAACGUAUUUGAUAUGCUGUGUUUGGGAGUCCCUUGGUUUAUUAAGACUGUCUUUGUAGACAGGUCAGCACCUGUGGAAGUAAACAGCAGUGGAAUAACAUACACCACCAUUUCUCUCCUCUUCUCCAUUCUGUUCAUCUUUGUGGCUAUACAUUUAAAUGGAUGGAAACUUGAUAAGAAGUUGGGAGUUAUGUGCCUACUGAUGUACUUAUUAUUUGUUACAUUAUCAAUAUUGUAUGAACUUGGCAUUAUAGGGAAUACAGCUAUCGUGAUGUGUGGUGACUAAUAAAAACACCUAAAUCUAA